AUGCCGUACAACUGCUGCCUGCCCAACCUCAGCUGCCGCAGCAGCUGCUCCUCCCGGCCCUGCGUGCCCCCCAGCUGCCAUGGCUGCACCCUGCCCGGGGCCUGCAAUAUCCCCGCCAACGUGGGCAACUGCAACUGGUUCUGUGAGGGCUCCUUCAAUGGCAAUGAGAAGGAGACCAUGCAGUUCCUGAACGACCGCCUGGCCAGCUACCUGGAGAAGGUGCGCCAGCUGGAGAGGGAGAAUGCAGAGCUGGAGGCCCGCAUCCAGGAGCGGAACCAGCAGCAGGAUCCCCUGGUGUGCCCCAGCUACCAGUCCUACUUCCGGACCAUUGAGGAGCUCCAGCAGAAGAUCCUGUGCAGCAAGUCUGAGAAUGCCAGGCUGGUGGUGCAGAUUGACAAUGCCAAGCUGGCCUCAGAUGACUUCAGGACCAAGUAUGAGACGGAGCUGUCCCUGCGGCAGCUGGUGGAAUCAGACAUCAAUGGCCUGCGCAGGAUCCUGGAUGAGCUGACCCUGUGCAAGUCUGACCUGGAGGCGCAGGUGGAGUCCCUGAAGGAGGAGCUGCUCUGUCUCAAGCAGAACCAUGAGCAGGAAGUCAACACCCUGCGUUGCCAGCUUGGAGACCGCCUCAAUGUGGAGGUGGACGCCGCCCCCACUGUGGACCUGAACCGCGUGCUGAAUGAGACCAGGUGUCAGUACGAGGCCCUGGUGGAAACCAACCGCAGGGAAGUGGAGGAGUGGUUCACCACCCAGACUGAGGAGCUGAACAAGCAGGUGGUGUCCAGCUCAGAGCAGCUUCAGUCGUGCCAGGCGGAGAUCAUCGAGCUGAGACGCACGGUCAACGCCCUGGAGAUCGAGCUGCAGGCCCAGCACAACCUGAGGAACUCUCUGGAAAACACGCUGACAGAGAGCGAGGCCCGCUACAGCUCCCAGCUGUCCCAGGUGCAGUGCAUGAUCAGCAACGUGGAGUCCCAGCUGACUGAGAUCCGGGCUGACCUGGAGCGGCAGAACCAGGAGUACCAGGUGCUGCUGGACAUCCGGGCCCGACUGGAGUGUGAGAUCAACACGUACCGGGGCCUGCUGGAGAGCGAGGACUGCAAGCUUCCCUGCAACCCCUGUGCCACAACCAACGCGUGCGACAAGCCCAUUGGGCCCUGCGUCGCCAAUCCCUGUGUCACACGAGGUCGCUGUGGGCCUUGCGGCACUUUUGGGCGCUAGAAGCCCUACUGCCAGGGGGAGGACAAGGACUUCAGUCACACCUCAACUCCAACAGUGACCACACUGGACACAGGAGAAACCGUUUAUCAGCAGCAGCUUCCAGAGGCUUUCCACUGCCUCUCCGGGUUUGAUUCUCGAGCACAAGAGAGUGCAAAGCCUGUCUUUUGAGUCCCACACAGAGAUCUACAACAGGAUCAAGUAACAACUAUUGUCCUAAUGACACAUUUGCAUGACAUGUUAUGUGUUAGCAAAACUUAUCUAAAUGCAAUUUGAAAAUAAUGACAUUAAGUGUGGUAGAGCUGAUGGGCUACAGAGUGUAACUGGACUU